AUGGCCCAUCAAGCACAUGCAUAUCAUAUAGUUGACCCUAGCCCCUGACCUCUUACGGGCGCCGUAGCCGCCCUGCUAAUAACAUCCGGUCUUGCAAUCUGAUUCCACUUUCACUCAACAACACUAAUGGGCCUGGGAAUAGCCCUCCUUCUCUUAACAAUAUAUCAAUGGUGACGCGACAUUAUCCGAGAAGGAACAUUUCAAGGCCACCAUACACCCCCCGUACAAAAAGGACUCCGCUACGGAAUAAUUCUCUUCAUUACCUCAGAAGUCUUCUUCUUCCUAGGGUUCUUCUGAGCAUUUUACCAUUCGAGCUUAGCCCCAACUCCAGAGCUAGGGGGCUGCUGGCCGCCCACAGGAAUUACCCCCCUUGACCCCUUCGAAGUACCCCUACUGAACACCGCGGUCCUACUUGCCUCGGGGGUCACCGUUACUUGAGCCCACCACAGUAUUAUGGAGGGAGAGCGCAAGCAGGCGAUUCAAUCCCUUGCACUAACAAUUCUCCUGGGUUUCUACUUCACGUUUUUACAAGCCAUGGAGUACUACGAAGCCCCAUUCACCAUUGCAGACGGGGUUUAUGGCGCCACUUUUUUUGUAGCCACAGGUUUUCACGGACUCCAUGUUAUUAUUGGCUCGACAUUUUUAGCCAUCUGCCUUCUUCGCCAAGUUCAGUACCACUUCACGUCUGAGCACCAUUUUGGGUUUGAAGCAGCCGCCUGAUAUUGGCACUUCGUAGACGUUGUCUGACUCUUCCUUUAUAUCUCCAUCUACUGAUGAGGUUCAUA